CUCUCCUUCGGGCUGCAGGUACAUCAAGACCUACCUGCUCCCGGAUAAGUCCAACCGCAGCAAGCGCAAGACCACGGUGCGGAAGCGGAGCCUGGACCCCAUCUUCAACGAGACCCUCAAGUACAAGCUGGAGAAGAGGGACCUGCAGGGCCGCACGCUGAACCUGUCGGUGUGGCACCACGACAGCCUGGGCAGGAACCUCUUCCUGGGCGAGGUGGAGAUCGCGCUGGGAGCCUGGGACUGGGCCAACACGCGCCCCGAGUGGUUCACCCUGCAGCCCCGGAUGCCCGUGGCCCCGGACGGCCUCUCCAGCCGUGGCAACCUCAACCUGGCACUGAAAUUCAUCCCCGCCGGCUCCGAAGGUGCGGGGCUGCCCCCCACGGGCGAGCUGCACAUCUGGGUGAAGGACGCGCAUGGCUUGGUCCCGCUGCAGGGCGGCACCGUGGACGCCUUCGUGCAGUGCUACGUGCUGCCCGACGACAGCAAGGCGAGCCGGCAGAAGACGCGGGUGGUGAAGCGGAGCCUCAGCCCCCUCUUCAACCACACCAUGGUGUACGACGGCUUCCAGCCCAAGGACCUGGCCGAGGCGUGCGCCGAGUUCACCCUCUGGCACCACGAGGCUUUCUCCAAGAGGCAGCUGGGCGGCGUGCGCCUCAGCCUGGGCACCGGGAGCAGCUACGGGCUGCCCGUGGGCUGGAUGGACUCGACGCCGGAGGAGCGGGCGGUGUGGGGGCGCCUGCUGCAGCAGCCCGGCUGCUGGGUGGAAGCGCUGCUGCCCCUGAGGACCAACCUCGUCCCCCGGGCAUAGCCCCCUGUUGGGACCGUUUUGGCAGGGGGGGGGACAGGACUGAGCCCCCCAACGUCCCCGCACAGGGGCUGGGGUCUGCGCCCCCCCACACUUUUGGCUGCAAUGAAGUGGCGCCGGACG